CACGGACAGAUGAGACGAGGACGUGAGGCGAGAUGAGAUGAGAUGGCAACGUCCCAACUCCUCCCCGCAGAAAGCUACCUGCAUCAUUGAUGCCACUGCCUCUAAAUCAUGAUAGAAAGUAUUGUUUGAUGAUUUAUUACGAAAGAAAUACUGUUUGCAUUGCCCACACAAAUUUCAUGACCGUCCAUGGCAGCAGUAUAUACUACUAGUACCAUUGCAUUUGCUCUCCACCAAAGCCAAAGGCCAAAAAAGCUGCAGAGCAAACCAACUGCUUUGAUUUGGUUUGGUUUGGUUUGGUUUGGUUUUGGUUGGGAGCAUAGUCAGUCUCGGUCGGCAUCAGCAUCAGUGAUCAGCAAUCCCUCCCCUGCCUUUAUAGUCGCCGCGCUGCCGUGCUCCUGCUCCUGCUCCUGCUCUACCACCUCUCUCUCCGGCCUGCAUCAUCCGCUUCAAGCAGCAGGGCAGGGCACGAGCCUCAAGGGAUGGCGGACUGGGGGCCCGUGGUGGUGGCGGUGGUGCUGUUCGUGCUGCUGUCGCCGGGCCUGCUGCUGCAGCUGCCGGCCAAGGGCGGCCGCUUCGUGGAGUUCGGCAACUUCCAGACCAGCGGCGCCUCCAUCUUCGUCCACGCCAUCCUCUUCUUCGCGCUCGCCGCCAUCUUCCUCAUCGCCAUCGGGGUGCACAUCACCACAGACCCUUAAACCUCUUGCCCUCCCUGCCGGAUCUUUCUUGUUUACCAUAUGCCUAAUCCUAUAUAUAACUACGUACUCCUACGCUUUAUUAUGUCAGUCAGUGUCUGUAUCAGCACCCCCUGUGCAUACAACUAGCAAGUGUUUCUAUGGCUGUAAUCUAGUUGUUCAAUGAAGCAGCAGCAAACCUGAUUGUUUACUUUCAGAAACUUGCAGCCGAUUGCUUACUUUCAGAAACUUGCAGUCGAUUGUUUACUUUCA